UGAUUAACUAAAUAUUUGAAGAUGAAUCUUACAGAGAAAGCCAAUUGUGGAAAAUUAAAACUAGGCUUUUUCAAUCGUAAAUCUACUCAAAAUGGGUUUAAACCUAUCAAGGGCCCAGGAUCAAGUAGGACUGCUCUUAAUUCUAGAAAGAAUUCUACUCCAUCAUCAAAUUUGAAUUGGGGCAGAAGUCGUCAAAGUAUAUCAUCAUCUUAUCUGCAUUCUGAGGCAUCAAUUUGUAAUGAAGAUAACAGAGUUGUAUUAGCUCUCUCCGAGGGUAGAGGGGAGGCAAGAUGUGAAGUUGGGAUAGCAGUGAUAAAUGUAUCUCAACCACAUCUAAUACUUUGCCAAAUAUCUGAUACUCAGAGUUAUGAUAACACACUAAGAAAAAUCAAUAUUUUCAAUCCUAAUCAGAUUUUAGUACCAAUGACAUUUGUUGGAUCAGCCAAUCAGAGUCGAUUGGUUGAAAAGGUAAAAGAGCAAUUUCCACAGAUUUCUCAUAUACCUGUUCGAAGAAACACUUAUAAUAAAACUAGUGGAAUGGAAUUUAUUCAAGAACUUUGUGUUCCUUCACUGAAUUCUGUUUUACUUAUUCUUCAGUAUAGGUAUUAUGCUCUUACAGCAGCUUCUGCUUUAUUCAGAUAUCUGCAAAAUAAUCUCAACAUUUUUUACGCAAGUGGUUCCAUCAAAAUAGAAUACCAAGAAUCAGAAGGAUAUGCUGUUAUAGAUGUUUCUACGGCUGAUCGCUUAGAACUUGUAUCUUCCACAAAACCUCUCCAAGCUAGCAAAUAUUCUACAUUAUUCGGUGUACUGAAUAAUUGUUAUACAAGAAUUGGAGAAAGGGCUCUACGAACUAUACUGUUACAGCCUCCAUUCGCUACUUCCUUAAUAUUAGAACGUCAAGAAUGUGUGACUGCUUUAAUAAAGCAUGUUGAAAAGCUGCAGAGCAUACAGGUCAUACUUCAAAAACUAGGAAAUGUUGAUCAGCUUCUAACCCUACCUACCAUUGUUAUUGACGAUUCUCCUUCCUGUUCAACUCGUCAGCUGAAUUACAUCCUUUAUUUGAAUGGUUUAGUAGAUCUCAUCAUAACUCUGAACGAUGUCAUUUCAACCUUCGAUCAGUCCCUCUUUAAAAAUAUUUCGAUUACUUUGAGAAACCAGGACUUCCUCAUUAUUAAAGAUACAGUGCGAACAUUAAUUAACGAGAAUGCUUAUGCUGCAAAAAGCCAAAACGGACUAUUCCAGAGAUGUUUUGCCAUCAAACCUGGUAUAAAUGGCUUACUAGAUUUGGUAAGGAAAAUAUAUUCCGAGAGAGUUGAUGACAUGAGGGAAUAUGUGAAACUUCUUGGAGAAAAAUACAAUUUACCAUUAACCUUAGGAAAUAAUGUCACAAAAGGAUAUCAUAUUGUUUUCAGUCUCAAUAAGCAUCAAAGACUUACAAUGAAGAAAUCUGAUAUACCUAUAGAAUUCAUACAGGUUUGUCGUUUAGCUGGGAGUUUCACAAUGAAAACGAUGGAAUUAAUAAACUUUCAAACACGAAUAGAUGACAUCGUAGCAGACAUACUGAAAAUUAGUAAUGUAAUGAUAUUCAAGACUUUAACUUCAUUCAAGAAGCAUAUUGGACUCUUCUAUAGAUUGUGUGAAGAUAUUGCCAUCAUUGAUGUUUUACAAUCUUUGGCCGAAGUCAGCUUGAGAAACAACUAUGUUAAACCUACAUUAUCUGAUUUCACAGAAGUAAAGGAAUCACAACAUCCCAUGCUUCAUAUGUUAGUCCAUGAAAAACCAGUUCCUAACUCAAUUUCUUCUUGUCAAAACUUCAAUGUUCAUAUCAUCACUGGACCCAAUGGAUCUGGCAAAAGCAUUUACAUUAGACAAGUGAUGCUGUUACAAAUAAUGGCACAGAUCGGUGGAUAUGUACCAGCUUCAUCGGCUGUUUUCAGACCAGCUGAUCGCCUUUUUGCUCGAGUGUACCUUGAAGAUAACAUGGAAUGUGGAGCCUCUUCAUUUGUCCUAGAGAUGAAAGAAAUUCUUUAUAUCUUGUCCCAUAUCACUGAUAAUUCUCUUAUUAUAAUUGAUGAGCUGGCUAGAUCAACUUCAUUAGAAGAGGGAGCUGCUUUAGCAAUGGCAAUAUGUGAAUGUUUUGUUAACAGCUCAUCUUUUGUGUAUCUAACGUCUCAUUUCACAUUGGUCACCAAAUUGGGUGAUUUAUAUCUAAACGUUAAAAACUGGUUUAUGGACACAGAUGCUUCAGGGGAUACUCCACAGUCAAUGAAGUUGUGCUUCAAUCACACUAUCAAAAACGGAGUAACAAAUCUAAAACGAUAUGGCAUUUAUAUGGUGAAGAAUAUUUGGCCAGCUGAUCUUUUGGAGGACGUUUAUUUUCUUUUAGAAGAUGAUAAUAAGUCGACAAAGGAAUUGAAAACCCUUCAAUUAUCGAAAGAAUCCCGACUAAAAUAUAAUAUAGAAGCGGAUUUGAAAAAAUUCAAUGCUGAAGGAAAAUUGAAUCCUUCCAAAGUAAAUCAAGUAAUCAAUUAUUAUCAGACCAAAUUUGAUACUUCGAGUUCAGGUGUUGAUAUGGUGAAUUUCAAAAUAGCAGAAUCUAGAAAUGAAUGUUUUUUCGAUGAUACUGUGCCUGAUGAUGCCUUGAGUGAAGCAGUUGACCAAGUGGAAUAUUCUUUGUUAUCACAUGAUGAUUCUAACUAUGAAAGACUCGAUGGUUUCAUUAGAGAAAAUAGCGGAAAUAUAAAUUUAUUAAAUCCAGAAAUUGAAAUUCAUGAAUCUAGUAAAAACAAUCACGAUGGAAUGAUUUUUGCUGGUAAUAGUUCAAACCAGAGGUCUGGUAAUUUCAAUCAGAACGUUAGGAUUUUGAGUAAUAUUCUCCUAAAUGCAGACAACAAUGUUCAAGAAAAUAAUUUAAAUUGUAAUGAUGAAUUCGAGCAAUAUUCAAAUUUAAGGAGUUGCUCCCAAGAAAGCUAUCAGAAUGAUCAUGAGUUUGAGGAAGUUAACGAAAUAAAUAAGAGUUUGUUGACAGAAAUGCAUAAUAUGGAUAGAGCAAAUUUUGAAGAAUUUAAUUCAGGAACUCUGUAUGAGGAUAAUUUUAUGGACUCUAUAGAGGAUAAUUAUAAAGAAAAACAGAACACAUCAGUGCAAAAAAUUCCAAUUGAACGAUUCAAUUGUUUCCCAAAACCAGAAAAUCAAGAUUCUGAUUUCUGUUUCUUGAAACCAACAGAACCACCUCUGAGAAAACGAUUUGCUUUCAAAAAUCAGUAUCCGAGUUGUAACAAAGAAAAUUUGAAUGAAACUGAUCAGAUUACAUUUUCUUUAGAUUUGCUAAGAAAUCCAGAUAAAUCAUCUACUCCUACCAUUUCAAGGAACAGGUAUUCUUUUGGAGUUGAAGAAACAAGUUGUACCAACUUGCUGAGGAAUCCAGAAAAAUCAUCUACUCCAACCAUUUCCAGAAACAGGUAUUCUUUCGAAGUUGGAGAAACAAGUAGUACCAACUUAACAGAUACUGAAAUCAAUUCCUUGAAUUUUCCUUCAGCGAAUAUGUUUUCUCAAGAGAACAGUCAAAGUUCCUCAAAUCAGUUCAUCAACCCAGAUGAAUCUAGGCCUUACAUUUUCUUAGAAGAUGAUACAUCCAAAGAAGAAGAUGAAAAUAAGCAAGGAUACUUCAUUAGGACAAAUAACGAAAAUGAAGAAAUUGAAACAAGUUGUGCAUUAGAAGAAAAUUAUCAAAAAUAUGGAAGCUUCUUGAUUGAUGAAGCUCAACAUAUUUUCCCCAAGGUCAAUAUCCUUCAAGGACCGAACAACAAAAGUUUAUCAUUUGGGGAAGAAGAUCAAUUAUUAAACAUUCCAGAAAAAUCAAAAUCUAAGAUUGUCAACGAAAAAGAUGUAAAUUUCGAACAAUUUGUAAUUGAAGAAACAAAAUUGUUUCUCAGUCAAUCAAGAGAUAUUUUUGAAGGCGACAUCGAUGAGCUAGAAAUUACCAUUGAAAAUAAUGAAAGCAACAAUAAAUCCCAUAAUGAAAUGUCUGAUGAUGUUAUCCGCUUGCUGAAAGAUGAAAAAAUUUCAUCGGGACAAAAGCAAUGGCACGGACCAAUUGAUGAAAUUGAAAUUCAGAGCACACAAUUUGAAGUUAUGAAUAAAAUUGAUAAUGAACCCGAAGAUAUCCUGAUUGAACCAGGUCACUCAAAAAAAAUAGAAUCUAAAAAAGAUAUCAAUUAUUUUUCAAAAUCAAAUCAUCUGAAUCCUAAUCAUAUUGCCGAUGAACAAAAUUUUAAUAGAAAUUUCAAAUUACAUAACUUAUUUGAAGAAUCUGACUUGGAGUGCUAUUUGAAUAAUGGUUUAAAUAUUUCAAGUGUUCAAUUCCAACCAGAAAAGGAUUCUAGAAAAAUUAACAAUUUGUCAUCAACCCAUGAAAACAAAAAUUGUAACAUAGUAUAUUCUCCAAAAACUAUGAUUGAACAUACUGAAAUAAAAACAGUUUCUACUAGUCUUUCUGAUAUUAGUCGGAAAAGAAAUUUAGACAAUUCUUCCUCCACAUCUAAAACUACUGAUAACCAAGAUAUAGUGGUAACAGAAAAAAUUAAGAAAAAAGCUGAUAUUUCACAUAAAGAAAAUAAUUUCAAUGAAUUGAAAACUUCUAUUAAAUCAUCUAAUUAUGUUGAAGAAACAGUCUCUACUAGCUUAUCUGAGGCUAGUAGAAAAAGAAAUUUAGAGAAUAAUUGUACCCCACAUAAAAUUUCUGAAAAAUCUGAUAUUUCCCAUGAGCAGAAAGAUUUUGAUGAAUUGAAAUCUCCUCCUAAACCAUCCAAUUAUAGUAAAUCGAUAAAAGCACCAAAACCUUCAGAAAUGCUUUUAGAUGUAAGUAACGAUUCAGAUUCUCAUAGUAGUAAAGGUAAAGCUGUUACUAGCAUUUCUGAUGCAAGUAGGAAAAGGAACUUAGAUAACCCCGCAUCUUCAACUUCUUCUGAUUAUCAAAUCACUUAUAUAGAAUGCGAAGAAAAACAUUCUGAUAGCUCAUCACCCAAUGAAAAAUUGAAAGACUUGAUUAUUCCCAAGCAAAAUAACAACUAUAAUCAAGCUCUUCCGUCUUCAAAUAUUCUGAAUUAUUCAGAAAAUCCACAAAAAUAUGCAGAUAGUAAAGGAAAUCUACAAGAAGAUUCAAAUAAAUCUUCGUUAAAUUAUCAAACAGCUGAAGAAACUAAUAUUUCAGCCAUGAGCCAAUGGAGGAAUUUGGAAAAAUAUACUUCCAAGGAGACUGAUAACAGUAAUACAAAUGAAAAGAAACAUAAAACAAACAAUGAAGAAAUUUCAGAAAAAUGUAUGAGUGUUUCAAAAUGUUCAACAGAAACUUUAGAUGGUAUAUCUUCAAUUAAACUCGAUAGCCCUUCAACAAAAAAAGAGAUGAAUAGAGAUUGCAAUAGUACCUUGGAAAAUGCUCAUGAAAAAACAGAAAAUGAUGUUAUAUCAGAAAAAUUAUGUCAUAUCGGUACUGAUGAUUCCUUUAUAUCUUCAAAUGAAGAACAUUUUACUAACAAUGAAUCUAGUUCAACUACUUGUUUAUCAAAACAAUCCAAAAAAAGAAAAUAUCUAGGUUACAGACGCAGACUGCCUAAAAAACCAAAGAAAGAAGAACCCAAAAAAACUAGAGACUCAGUCAAGCCUUUCAAAUUAACUAAGUAUCAGAUUCAAGAAGAAUUUGACAAGCAAGAUCAAAUAAUACUAGAAGAAAAUCUUGAUGUCGAGACUUACAACAGAUAUUUAAUGCAAAGAAUGAACAGACCUUCUGUCAAACAAGUUCAGAAUAUGGAACAUAUUAUAACAUUUCGUAAAACUAGAGAUGGCACAGUAGUCUUGCCACCACCACCAGAAAAAAAAUAUAAAACAAAAAAACGAAUGAGCAGAAAAAUUUUUGAGAGCAGUAAAAUGAUUGAUGUUUCUAUAUUUAGUGACCAGAAUGCUAGUAAAAUGUCCGCAUUUCUCGCUUCAAACGAGAGAAACUACAGUCAAUUCAAAUUUGAACCUAACCUAAAAGGUGGGGAUGGUUUUGAAGAUGAUUCGCCACCACGUUGUUUGAAUUUUUUCAGUCAGUUCGUUCAAAAAAGAAAGGUUAAGAUGUUUAAUCGAUCCAAGAGUUUCGGGGAUUUUAAAUUUCAAGAUUACACUAACAUUAAUCACAACAAUAGUUUUAAAAUGCAAGUUAGCAUACCAUCUCAGAAAAGUGAUUCAAGUAGCAUAUUUCUACCUAAUGGAUUUUUUAAAGAAAACAAAAAGGACAUUGAUGAUAUUUGCGCGAAAUAUUUGCUUGGCUCUCAGCCUGGGUUUUGUAGAACAAAUACAAGUCCUUUGUAAUGCUUUUAUUCGUUAUGUUGUUUUGUGUUCAAUUCAUGUUAAAUUAAUUUUUUUUCCAUUCAUAAACUUUCCAUAUUUAUUUUGUAAUUUAAUAAUUAUGUCGGUGAUCUAUUAUAAUCAAUAAUUCUAAUAAUGAAAUGGAAAAUUGUUAAAUGAAUAAAUGUUAUUGUUAGUAA